AUGGGCACGUUCGGGUUGUGGUCAGCUUAUGGGGCUGUGGGACGAACUGUUCGAAUGUUAUUCUUUGUCAGCAGUGCGUUGAUAAUUGUAAGAUAUAUCGCUUCUGGAGCACACGAAUGCCUUUUCCUUGAAUAUCCCAGAAUUUUUGUUCAGGCGUAUUCCAUUGCCUGUAUCGCCUACGGUGCCUGGUUGGCGACAACACGAGGGCAAUAUGCAGAGCUGUUGGCUCCGUCGCUGUACGUGGACGUCGCCCGAAUUCUCCUGGUUGUCUCAAGUGCUCACCAUCGUCAAUCAGCUCAUUUGUAUAUUUUCCGUUGUGAAGGAGCUCAGAUUUUGGGUUUGCAAUUACCUACCCUGAUUAUAAUCCCUUUCUUUCAGUCCGCUGUGGCUUCUGUCAUCAUCUUCAUUAUGCUAUUCGUAGGCGGUAUCAUGGGAUUGGUGUUUCGAUCGCAGCUCACAAACCAAAUCCCACUACGUUUGAAGAUGUUGACGUCAUUGAAGGAGCUUUACGGUACUGCAGAAAUGCAACAAGUAACUGAUGCUUGGGAUCAACUGCAGUCUAAU